GUUGCGCGCCAGGCCCUCGCCGAUCCUCCGCGAGUAGAGCGACUACAAUGUGCCUUUCAGAGAGCUUGAAAUAAGGGCAGUGAGCCCUACAAACUACAUUUCCCAUAAUGCUUGGCUGGCUGCAACCGGGAGAAAAGCGUUUGUUUUGGCGAGCGCGCGGGCUUUGAAAGAAAAUGGCGGAACGUCUAAGUGAAAAGUUUGAGGGGCAUGGCGAUAUCCAACACACGGGCACAUCAGAGGAAGUUUCACAAGGGACUAAAAGGCCACCAUCAGACAGAGCCCCAAGCCCAGAGCCUCUGCCGAAGUCACCUCGUACUUUGUCUCCCUCAGCUGUCAGACCCACUUCAGAAGGAGAGAAGCAACCGGACGAGCCCAAGUCAAACGGUGCACAGGACAGCAGUGGAGGGAGAGUAACAGACGAAGUGGCACCAGAUCUUAGCCCUUGCUCACGUAGGAAGUCCUGGAGGAGGUCAACUAGAGGCAGGAGAUCACUCCCUUCCCUGGCCAGCACCUCCCAUUCUCUGUGUAAAUCUAUCAGCCAAGACUUGCGUGAUGAUGAGAGGCUGGAGAAACUAAUGGAAACUGCGAUGCAGCACACAGUGAGGAGGCUGCGGGACACACUCUGUACUCUCCCCGGGGCUGAUUUAGAGUCACUGCAGACACAAGUUGAUUGUUUACAGAGGGAAUGGAACAGUGUGGCUAAAAACAUUAGGGAAGAAAAUUUACUUUCAGUCUCUAGCACUAACAGCAACCCUGCUAUUCAGAAAGCCAUUGAACGCACAAAAGAGGCCAGCAGCAGGUUACAGGCUGAGAGUUCUUCUUGGGAGUCCCUGCUCAACAAACACCGCACUAAAGCUGAAGAACUGGCCAAACGAGUGGAGCAGGGCCAGGAGAGGGGCGUGAUGCUGGACACAUCCAGCAUCGCCCAGUCCUCCCAGAGCAAACUUCUCCUGAACAAACCCGACUACCACGCGGUCCUAAGCCGGCAGCAGAGGGUGCUCAGUACAAUGGAGCUGGUGAUGGACUCUCAGUGCAUGAUGUUGAAGGAGCUUCUGUCCUUCCAAGAGCAGUCUCAGUUAAUGGUGAAGGAGACCAGUGCUAGAUUGGCUCGCAGUGCUGGAAUCCAGGACCUGCCUUCUUCCCCAGUGAGGCAUUUUCUUAGUGGUGCUUUGCCUACUGAAUCGUCCUAGUUAUCCUGUGAUGUUUCCCAAAGGACCCAGCAUUCAGAGACUGUAAAGUGUCCAUUUUAACAGGGCAGUAAAUACUGUUGUGUGUUUUUGUGUACAUAUAUAAACACUUGUUCGUUCGUAUUAAACUUGUCAAAUAUAAAUAUGCGACAACAAAAAUACAACAUUUUAAGACUGAGACAUGUUAUUGCGAUUGGGUGACUACACCUUCUAGAAUCCAUAUGGUGAUCAUAAUGGUUAUUAUGAGAAAUGGAUGCAUUAUUACAAUUUUAUGAAGACAUUUUCAAGGACUGGUGAGUUGGGAUUGACCAAGGAGAGACACUGAACACUAGGUGGCAAUAUAGGUAUUCAUUUACAGGUACAUCUCAAUAAAUUAGAAUAUCUUUGAAAGUUAAUUUAUGUCAGUAGUUCAAUUCAA